AUGCCCCGCCCCAAACCCACCCCCCGACGGCGUGCCAGUCCCCCCGCCCCCCCAUCGCCCCGGCCGCGGGCACGCAGGCGCCGCCCAGGACAGCUGGCAUUGCAGGAGAUCCGCAAGUACCAGAAGAGCACCAACCUGCUGAUGCGCCCCGGCCCCUUCGCCCGCCUGGUGCGGGAGCUCUGCCUAGUCUUCACCCGCGGGGUCGAUUACCGCUGGCAGCGCAUGGCCCUGGUGGCACUGCAGGAGGCAACAGAGGCCUUCAUGGUGCGGCUGCUGGAGGACGCGUACCUGUGCUCGCUGCAUGCCCGCCGAGUGACCCUGUACCCCAAGGAUCUGCAGCUGGCUCGGCGCCUGCGGGGACCCGAGACGGGAGGAAUCUGA